CUUCAGUCAAUGAAGGGGAUAAAGCGCCAUUUCCUUAGCGACGAUCCUCACAAUGAUGGCAGAGGAAGAAACCGAGAAAUUCUAUCUCCAAAAGGAGGAGCUAGUGGUGGACACUGAUGAUGAGUACCAGUAUGAAGAGGUUCCAAUUGAUGAGAUCUUCAUUGGUACAGAACCAGAUGAGGAUCUGGACUUGGCUGUCAGAACCAUCAGAGAAGCAGAGGAAGAUGCCCUAGCAACAACUCGCACAGUCAUCAGUUUUAGGUCAGAUGAGUCUCAGAAAGAUGGUCAGACAAAAGCUUCUGUGACUCAACGGCCAGAAGUUGUGGAUGAUUUUGUUCGAAAUUUCCUCGUUAGAAUGAAUAUGGACAAGACUCUGGAAUGCUUCCAAACUGAAUGGUACGAGCUCAAGCAGAGAGGCUUGCUGCAUGAGGAGGACAUCGGAGUGGUGCCGGACAUCUACAGCCGGAACCAGGACCUAGACGGAGAGGUCAAAUUCUUGAAACUUGAGGUCGCCAAGUACAAGGAAGCCGCUAUGAAAGCUAAGGAGACGUAUGUGAAGUUAAGAAAAGAACGGGAUUACCACAGAAUGCAUCAUAAACGAGUUGUCCAGGAGAAAAACAAACUCAUCAAUGACAUCAAGAGACUGAAGCGACAUUAUGCCCAGUAUGAGCCAACACUGCAGCAGCUGAAAAAGAAAUAUGAGGUGGCCAUGAAGGAGAAGAUGCUGUCCAAGCUGGAGAAGGACCGUGCGGUGGGACAGGUGGCGGGGCUCCAAAGUACCCUCAAGAGUAUGGAGUCAUUUAAAGGGACACCACCCAGUGGAUUCCAGACUGCUUCCAAUUCUGCCCAGAGGAAGAACUGGGAUUUGGAUGAAGCUGGAAGAGGCCCCACCCAGAGGACUCUGGCCAUGGAGAGAAUGAAGGCCAUGUCUGGAGAUGUGAGGGAUCUGCCAGAGAACUACACCCGCCAUCCUAAUGAUUCUGAAUUUCCAAAGGACACUGGAAUUAAUCCAAUCUUAGCCCAAAUUAAGGGUCCAACUGGUCAUUUGGCCAGGAGUGGGGGAUUCCGACUUUCCAACACAUUCCAGGCUCAUUCCCAUCCCAUCAGCAGUGUUGUCCUACAUCCUCGAAAGCAGAUCCUGGCUACCACCAGUGAUGAUCACACGUGGAAAAUGUGGGCGGUGCCAAGUGGUGACAUCAUAAUGACAGGUGAAGGUCACACAGACUGGGUGUCAGAUUGUGACUUCCAUCCCUCUGGCUCUAAGUUGGUGACGUCCAGUGGAGACACAACAGUGAAGAUUUGGGACUUUUCUAAAGCAGAGUGUGUACACACCUUUACAGACCACACUCAUGCAGUCUGGGGCUGUACCUGGCAUUCUUGUGGAGACUUUGUGGCGUCCUGUUCUAUGGACAAUACUUGUAAGCUGUGGGACCUGAACAGUCUGAGAUGUCGCUUUACAAUGCGGGGCCAUGCAGACAGUGUCAACAGCAUUGAGUUCCUGCCAUAUUCCAACACACUCCUAUCUUGUUCAGCAGACAAAACACUGUCACUCUGGGAUGCCAGAACUGGACUCUGUGCACAAACAUUUUAUGGACAUAUGCAUUCUGUCAACAAUGCUACAUUUAGUCUGAAGGGUGAUACAGUGGUGUCUUGUGAUUCCUACGGGACCGUCAAACUUUGGGAUGUCAGGACAGUGGCUCCUAUGGUCAGUUUUGAUGUGGGACCACACCCAGCCAACAGGGUGGCAUUUGACCCUACAGGAGCAGUGGUAGCUAUCGCUAGCAAUGAUGCCACUGUCAAGAUGUAUGAAGUCUCCAAUGGAAGGAUCGGAACCUUGGUUGGACACGAGGAUGCUGUGCAGUGUCUCAUGUUCGACAAGACUGGAGAGUUCAUGGUAUCUGGCGGAAGUGAUAACACCAUACGAAUCUGGUCCUAGCCAACUUACACUAAGAAGAACAGAGAACAAAAUCCAAGGGAGAUAACAAUGACUUUCUGAUACUGUACUGUCUUUUCUGGAGUUGUACUUUGUAUUGGUUGUAGGAUAUAUAUUUUGAUUUUAUUUACAGUUUAUGGCUGUUAAAAAGGAAUAAAACUGACAUAUUUGAUAAGUUAAUUGCUUGGUUUUUAGAUUGUUAUAAGAUUUAAUGUAUAUUUAUUAAAUUGUAUUUUAAUUUGUAUACCAAUUAAUACCUUAAUAAACAUGUUACAAGUUA